ACCCAUAUCCGAGAAGAGUGUGUUAAGAGGUGUCUCACCUUCCCGACUAUGUUCUUAUUACCAAGAAAGACACCGGGUAGCUGACAACACGCCGAGGCGUCUUUGGACAUAACUGCAGCUCCUUAUUGGUCAGGAGUCCCAGAGCCUAGUGCGUAACGUUGCGCGCUGCAUACGCACGAGCAGAGCAGAAUAUUUAGUGGGAAAAAGCUCGUGGAUAUUAGACUGUCUGGAAUUAUCUCAGAGUUUCGCCACUGCCUGGGUUUAUCUUACAUGCCAAAGCUGGGGGAACAGACUGGAAAACAGCAGACUUCAGCGCGAAGCUUUACUGUUUUCGCCACAAUAAUUGGUUAUCGGAUGGACCAGCAUCCCAGCGCCCGGAGCUGCACCAGUCGCGGGGCUUCGUCCUGCGAGGCCGUCCCGACUGAGCCCUCCAUGAAUUUGUACAUCCACUCCACCACCGGCACGCGCUUCGAGCUCUCCCUGCCCCUGGAAGAGACCGUGGAAGGACUGAAGAGGAGGCUUUCGCAAAAACUCAAAGUACCAAAAGAGAGACUCGCGCUGCUACACAAAGAAACGCGACUAAGUUCAGGCAAACUCCAGGAUCUAGGCAUAUCAGAUGGGAGCAAGUUAACACUUGUUCCAACAGUUGAAGCAGGAUUAAUGUCUCAAGCAUCAAGACCAGAGCAGUCCGUAAUGCAAGCCUUGGAGAGUUUAACAGAAACGCAGGUCAGUGACUUCCUGUCCGGCCGCUCCCCCCUCACCCUGGCACUGCGCGUCGGUGAUCACAUGAUGUUCGUCCAACUCCAGUUGGCGGCACAGCAGUCUGGUGCUCCCCAGCUUCAGCACAGACAUCUCAUCACCCGCGGCAGUGCAGACACCGCAGCGGGACAGCCUACGGGGCAGCCGCGUGUUCCCCACCCUCACCCUCCCUCCCACCACCAUCCCCAUCCCCAUCCCCAUCCCCAUCCCCAUCCCCAUCCCCAUCCUCCACACAGUCACCCCAGCCCCCACUUGUCUCAGCCCCAGUUGGUCCCUUCCUCCCCCUCUUCUCCAGGAUCUCCAUCCUUCCCCCUGCCCUCCACGCACCACCAGCCGCUCUCACCCAUGUACCACCAGUCAGCCUCCUCCGCUCACUGUAGCCCCCCUACUCCUCCUCCUCCAGCCCAAUCCCCUCGCCCGUCCCACGUCCCUGGAGGUCUUUUCCGCUCCCCCCAUCAUCAUCAUCAUCACCACCACCAACACCACUACCACCAGCCUUCCUCGGGCCAACCCAGCCAAGACAUCGGCCAGGCCAGCCCUGUAGCCCCAGUCCUCUGCCCUGAGGCUAACUGCAGCACCAACAGCACCAACAGCACCAACAGCACCAACAGCACCAACAGCACCAACAGCACCAACAGUGGCAGCAGUCCCUCAACACGCUCCCGCAAACCUGGCGCCAUUAUUGAGAGCUUCGUAAACCAUGCUCCCGGAGUCUUCUCAGGGACCUUUUCAGGCACUUUGCACCCUAACUGCCAGGACAGCAGUGGGCGACCCAGACGAGAUAUAAGUACCAUCCUGCAGAUCCUUAAUGACCUCCUGAGCGCUACACGCCACUAUCAGGGCAUGCCCCCCUCCCUCACCCAGCUCCGCUACCAGACCCAGUGUGGAUCACCAACCUCCUCAUCCCCUUCACCACCUCCUUCGCCUCCGGUUGUUGGCAUGACAGGCCUCUCUGCCAAAGCUACCUCUGUGCCCGCCAGCAGCCCUAGCAGCCCUAGCAGCCCUGCGCCGACCCUUCAUCCACUGGUGCAGUGCCAGAGCCAGAUACGCAUGUGCAAACCCCCUGGUGACCGCAUGCGUCAGUCUGAGAACCGUGCGACCCGCUGCAAGGUGGAGCGCCUGCAGCUGUUGAUGCAGCAGAAGCGUCUGCGCAGGAAGGCCAGGCGGGACCAGCGCGCUCCGUAUCAUUGGCUGCCCAACAGGAAGGCUGGUCGCAGCAACAGCAACAGCAGCAUGUCGAGCGAGGGCUCCCUGGACCUGGACUUUGACGACUCAGUGUGGAAGCCUGACGUCAAGGCUGACUUGAAGUCUGAGUUCGUCAUGGCUUGAACACGUGCUCGGAGAUGGAUUCAAAGAUGUGCAAAGCCUUGAUUGGGAUUUACUCAUUAUACUUUAAGGGAGAGUGUUGGCAGGAGGUGACACAGACAUGUGGGAAGGUGUCUUAUGGAGAGAGGAAAUCAAAGUUGUCUGUCACAUGAAAAAAAAAGAGGCUUCCUGUGGACUUGAAUCCCGUUCUGUCUUUCACAGUUGACCUUGCGAGAAACAGCAACAGAACUUUCUUUCAAUGUUUGGAACUGAACAACUGGACUUUAUAAUGUACGUACAAGACAUUUGACAGUAUGAUAACAGAGACCAUACUGGAACUUGAGCAUAGCAGAAUUCAAUGGGUGGUGGUGGUAUUUUGAGGUUUUUGUUUUUAAAGAUUUGUUUUUAAAAACGCACUCUGGACAGCAAUGAAGAGAUCCACACUGGACUUACUCACAGGAUGGGAGCACCAGAGGCCUCAGUGUUUCCUAAUCCCAAGAAAGGCAGAACUGCCGAACUUUGGAUUACUCCAACGGGCAUUCUUAUUGAUCUCAAAACUCACAAACCAGAGUCUACUUUUUACCUGUUAGGGGGUGGUUAAACUUUUUUUUGUUCCAUUUUGAAACAUAUUAUUAUAUUUUAUAAACAAAAAAUAUGUAGCAUUGUUCACAAAGCAUUCAGGUUUUCAUAUAACAGUUCAAAGUAGUCGUUGAUUUGCACAGUUUCUUGAUUUAUAACAGCUGGUCAGAGUGUGCAAAGAAAGAGGAGGUGGGGCCUGAGAGAGAAAAAUGAAUAUGGACGUAUUGAUAUCAACCUCAGUGACAUAGGGUAUCGAUGGGAAUGAUUAAUGAAUAAACAAAAUGAGUUAAUAUUAACAGAAAGUGCUUUAGAGGAUUUAAAAAUCUUUAAAAUGUAUAUGGAAAAAAAUCUAUUUUUUAUUUCUCUUCCUACCUGCUGUUUUCAAAAAACAGCAGCCCUGUGUGGCUUCAGUCAAGUCUUUGACUUCCAACAAAUACGUAACAUCCAUUCAAUCAUUCAUUAGCUCCUUCAUGGAUUAUAGUCGGAUUAUAGUCAUCUAGCCACAACAAAUAAUACAGAAAGAUAAAUUUCACCCAGCCCACCUCAUGUCUUACAUACCUGAAUGGACUUGUUGAGGGUUUGUAUUAGUUUGUGUACAUAAAUGUGACGAUUGGCAAAGGUUUAUGAGGGUGUGUGUGCGUGUGUUUGACUUUAGUGUAAAUUGAUUUUAAAGUUUCCCAUGUUUACGUCUGAGUUAUCUUCUCCCAGAAAAACUGUUAGUUUCCCAAAGUCAUAACAAUCAGCUGCAUAAGUCACCACAGGAUCAAUUCCGAGUUGGUUUCCAGUUCCAGGCCAAUGAGACGUGCACCCAUACCAAGCCCUUGUAAUAGUGACUCUAUUUUUUUAUUGGUAAAGACAAGAGGGAGAAGAUGUGUGAUCAGUUUCCAGCAUCAUUAUCUAUCUAGUGCCUCCACCAGUGCAUCCAUUGACAUAUCAGGUUCGGCCUUUCAAAGUUCCGCUGCUACACACGGGGACUUGAAAUGACAAAAAAAAAAAAGAAGCAGAGGGGUAAAGUGACUUUUCCUUGCAUGCAGAGUGUGAAAAUACACUGAUCUUUUUACUAUUGAUGGAAGAAAAAAAAGAAACUGGUGCUGUGGGAAUGAAGGUUAACAACAUGCAUGAAUUUGUGAAGAAAAUAAAAACAAUGCUGCUUUUGUUGGUUAGGUUUUAUGUAUUUUUUUUUCAACAUUAGAACAACAGCGUCCUGCUAAAGUAUUACAAAACCAAAACAGAUGAAGUUAAGUGUGGACUUGCGUCUUGCUCAGCACUGAACAUUCCUGUUGUGUGACUAUGAAGAUAAUGAUGAUGAGCAAAGAGCAACUGACUCUCUUUCUACUCCCUGAGCGGAUUUUACCCCCCGUGACUCUCAAGGACCCAGACAGCGAACUGUUCAGCCGCCUCCCCCUCCUCCCAGCCUAAAACGCCAACAGAGGCUUGUUUGGACGUACUCUCGCAGGGAACUAGCAGACCAGCGGAUUUACAGAACUAUCCGUUAAAAACUACCCGAGAGAAGCAUCCGGUCUGUCUCCUUAUCUGUCCGUCUGUCUGAUCGAUUGACCACCCUACCACUAUUGCACUCCCAGAGAUUGCAGUGAGAGAUUACCUUUUUGGUGAACCUCAUCUUUUUUUUAAGUGGCCUUACCUUUCACUAAAAAAAUGAGACACUUGGGGACAAUGGGGACGGGAAUGUUUUUUUUUUUUAACUUUCUGUGUGCAUCGUUGUCGGACUUGUUGUCAUCAAGGCACCAUUUUUUGUCACUGAGGACACUGGGCAUCUGUUGUUUAGUGCUUUUUAGCUGGUGGAGUCUCUAUUAUGUCAAGGCUUCUGUGCCUUAAAAAUGUUGCCCUUGCUGUGUCAGUGUCAGAUUUCAGCUUUUUUUCCAUUGGUUGAUCCACAGGACUGUAGUUUUCACAGCUAUGAGAGUCGUAGUUUUUAGGGGUGGAGCUUAUUUGAGUGAAUCAAAUUGGAUUUAAAAAGUUGGUGUUACUCAAAUACUGUCUUUGUCCCGUUCUUCAAUGUGUUGCCAUGCUUGUUGGUCUCUGUUGUUCAUUCAGUUCUCCCACCAAUAAGCUGCGAAAAAGCUAAAAAUCUGUGUAAGUUAAGUUAAUUGAUCAAGUUUACGCCGCAGUACUUAUGUGGCAAGAAGCAGCCCUGAUUGAGAAUAAGAAAGGUCCUCUGAGGACUCACGCACUUCUUGUUUCCUUGGAUACAAACUAGGAUUACUAAAGGACAAUUUACCCCUGCCCCUCCCAAAUUUUUAUUUAAUUUCUUUUGUAUAUGUAUGGACUAUACUCUGUGUGUGCCUCACUUCUGUGUGAAACUCAAAAAGAUGAAACAAAACAAAAAAGAUGACAAAAGCAUUACAGAGAGGAUAAAAAACAGUAUGUUGGUGGAAUUCUGAUCAUUUAAGUUGCCUGUUCUUUCUUGUAGCCAACUAUUGAAAAUAACAGGAUUCAAGAAUACAAUUUACAAUGUUCUAGCUCUAGACCGGUGUAGCACAUGUGUGACUGUAUUAAUUUAUGAAACCAAAAUGGUAACUGUGAAUUAUGUAUUUCUUUGUGCAUUUUUUUAAAAAGCUGGGGAGAAGGUUUGCUGGGACGCGGGCAGCAGCUGGCCGCUCGCGUCUGAAAAAAACUUUUUGUUUUUUUUGGUGGAAUAUAAUGGAAACGAAACAUGUUUCUGAAAAAGAAAAAAAAGGAGAAAAAAAAAAGAAAAAAAGAAAAAAUAUAUGAAUAUAUUUUUUUUCUUAAGCAAUACAUUUCAGUGUGACUUGUGAUAGAACAUUUUCUUUUUUUAGGUAAUAAAUAAAUAAAAAACAAAAUGAGUACGUCAA